AUGGAAAAUUCAAUUCCUGUUCUGCCAGAAGAACUUGUUACUGAAAUCCUUUCGAGGCUUCCGGUAAAAUCCCUCUUGAAAUUCAUGUGCGUUUCAAAAUCUUGGCUUGCUUUGAUUUCUAGCCCUGAAUUUGUCAAAACUCAUCUCAGCUUAAAUGCUAAUAACAACGAAUACACCUGCCAUAAGGUUAUGAUGUUUGAACGUACUGCCUACACUUUUCGAGAUUGUAGUGUUAGCUCUUUAUUUAAUAACUCAUUUCGAGAUUGUAGUGUUAGCUCUUUAUUUAAUAACUCAUCGAUCAGGGCAAACAACUUGGAUUAUCCCAGGCAAGUUCCAUGUUGUUUUAAUAUGGUAGGUUCUGUGAAUGGAUUGAUUUGUCUUGUUAGUCAACUGAAGGAAUUCUUUCUAUGGAAUCCAUCAAUUAGAAAGUAUAAGAAGUUGUCUGAUUGUAAAACUAAAACUAAUUUCGUGUAUUCCGUAUAUGGUUUUGGAUAUGAUGAGUUCCAUGAUGAUUAUAAGGUAGUCGUUAUUUUUAUCAUUGGCAGAGAUGACUUUUCACUUCAAAUUGAGGUAAAAGAAUAUAGUCUAAAAAUCGAUUCUUGGAGAAUGGUUGAUAAUUGUCCAAGUAUCACACCGCUACAGCAGUCAGGUAUGUUUGUAAAUGGGAAACUUCAUUGGGUUAGUGUUAUUGAUCUUAAACAAAGCAUCAUUUCUUUCGAUUUGGCUUAUGGGAAAUGGGGAGAGAUGGAACUACCCUGUUAUUGGAAAGGAGGAAGAGGUGAGGUUUUGAGCUUGGGAAGUGAUCGUUUGGUCUUUUGUGAUUAUGACGAAACAUAUAUGUUAGAUGUUUGGCUUAUGAAGGAGUAUGGGGUUAAAGAAUCUUGGAUGAAGAUGUUUACCAUCAAGAUUUCAAAGGAUCAAUUGGUGUAUGGAUUUCUUGGGCAAAGACGUGUACACAUGGCAAGUGGAAGUGAAAUUUUGGUUGUAUUUGGAUCAAGUUUCAUGAUAUACAAUACAAAGGGUGACCCGCUCAGAUCUUCAAAGAUUAUUGAGGCUAAUAAUUGGGACGAGGCGGAAAUCUACAUUGAAAGCCUAGUUUGUCCUUUCUCUACAGUAGGGACUGAGGAUGCAACAAAAAUGGGACUGAAAAGCUCUGGUUGCGGAACAAUGAAAUAA